AUGUCGCAUGGAUUGCUUGAUUGGUUAAUGAUCCAUAAAUUUUUUAUACAUGGAGUUUUGGCUUUUGGUAUCUCGCACAUAAUUUAUGCAACCGCUUAUGGAAUGAGACCACUUCGAUUGUUAAUGAUACCAUUUAUGCUGGCACCAGUUAUUUUAUCUUGGGCAAUGUUUUCUUCAGUAUUGUAUAAACCGUUGUCUUAUGUUAUUUAUCUGUACAUACUUUUAACAAUGAUUAUGAUUUGGCGUGCAAUAGCAAGGUUGAAAUUUGACGAUAAAGAAUGGACAUGGACAAGAUUUUAUAGUUUUCUUGGUGGACUUCUCUUUGCUACAUCUGAUUUAUUAUUGGCUCUCGAUCGUUUUGUAACUCCUUUACCAGGUUCUCAAAUAUUGAUUAUGGCAACAUAUUACAGUGCUCAAUUAUUAAUAACUCUAUCAGUUGUUGAUAGUCGUGAAGAUAUUGAAAUUAAUCAUUGUGUCAUACAAGAAACAGACAUCAUCAAAGUUUUACAGGAACAAGGUAAACUAUUAUCACAAGUGCAUAAAGAUGAUAUUUUGGCUAUUUUAACUACUAAACGUCAAUUAAUACAUAAUACAUUUGCCAAUACACAAUUAUUAACAUUACUCAUGGAGAAAAAAAUUCAGUUAGGAGCAAAUAUCGAUUCAUUGUUGAAUAAGACAAACAUUUUAUUAUUCGUUAAUCAACACGAACAACAAAAGCCAAAGAAAAACACACAUCGACAUCGACGGCGAACAAAAAGAGAUCAACAAAAUAGUGAUACUAUGUCAUCUCGGACAAAUUCUUCAUCUGACACGGACAACGAAUCUAAACGAAUAAAAAUAAGUGCAGAUGAAAUACUAAUCAAAAGAAAGCAUACAAUCAAUACCGCACUUCGUAAAUAUUCAUCGGGAUUAAACUAUUACUGGCAUAUUUUAUUGGAUGAAGAUAGUCUUUACGUUGGAGCUCAAAAUCUUCUUUUGCGAUUAAAUCGUGAUAAUAUUGAAGAUCGAUCGAGUCCACUCUACAAAUCUGUUGAUAUACCAUCAAAGCGUGACGAAGUUCAAAAAUGUUUAUCUCAUUCGUUGAAUCAGGCAUUUGAUUGCGAAAAUCAUGUACGUGUCUUAUUGAGACGGAAAACGAAAUAUAAUGAUUUGUUCGUUUGUUCAACAAAUGCAUUUUCACCAAAAAUUUAUUAUUUUAAUCCUGAUUUAACUGAAAAACUUCCAGCUAAAGAGGGUUUUGGUUAUUGUUCACGUGAUCCUCGACACAUCAAUACGGCAUUAUGGUCAGAUAAUGGUAAUCCUUCGAGUUAUGGUUUUAUCUAUUCUGGAGCUGUUAUGGAUUAUACCAAAACGGAACCAAUUAUCUAUCGUCCACCGUCUGAUGACGGCACCAUCAAAUAUAUGAGAACACCGCAAUACGAUAUUGAUUGGCUUAGUGCUCCAGAAUUUAUUGAUUCAUUCGAUAUUGGUUCUUACAUCUACUUUUUCUUUCGUGAAAAAGCCGAAGAACAAAAAUCAUACGAACCUGCUUUGUCUCAUAUCUAUUCACGUGUUGGAAGAGUUUGUAAAAAUGAUAUCGGCUCAGCACCAAUUAUGGCCAAUUAUUGGACGUCAUUUCGUAAAGCAAGAAUAAUUUGUAUGAGUGGAACCUCAGAUACACCAUAUGUAUUCAACGAUAUAAGUAAAUAUUCUUCACAAAGGCUGCGACUUUCGGAAGAGGGAAAAGAUACUGCUCCUUGCUUUUGA